CCCUGUGGGCUCAGUUCCAGUUCCAAAGAGCUUUUUGUAUCCAUGAGAAAAGGCAGGGCCCUCCAGAUCUAGAACGUGAAGAAGCCAAAUAAAGUAAAUAACAGCCAGAGAAGUUGUACUUAAGGCACACAUGCCAAACCCUUAAAUGAUCAGCAACUUAGGAGGAUGUUAUUUGAUUAUGAAUAAUCCUUUUAUGGGUUUAUAUUUAAGCUGUCUGUGCCUCAUGGAAUUGCCAGUGAAGACAUUGUCUCACAAAACGCCGGAGAACUCUCUUGUAAGCGUGGGGAUGUACUUGUGAUGCUGAAGCAGGCAGAAGAUAAUUACUUGGAAUGCCAAAAGGGAGAAGAUACCGGCAGAGUUCACCUGUCUCAGAUGAAGAUUAUCACUCCACUCGAUGAACAUCUGAGAAGCAGACCAAAAGCUCCAGGCCACGCUCAGAAGCCUGUUGACAGCAGUGCUCCUCAUGCUGUCGUUCUUCAUGAUUUUCCAGCAGAGCAAGUUGAUGAUUUGAACCUCACUUCUGGAGAAAUAGUUUAUCUUCUGGAAAAGAUAGAUACAGAUUGGUACAGAGGGAAAUGUAGAAACCAGACUGGCAUAUUUCCUUCCAACUACGUCAAAGUAAUUAUUGAUAUUCCAGAAGGAGGAAAUGGGAAAAGAAAAUCAGUUUCAUCUCAUUGUGUUAAAGGCCUAAGGUGUGUUGCUCGGUUUGAAUAUAUUGGCGACCAGAAGGAUGAGUUAAGCUUCUCAGAGGGAGAAAUUAUUAUUCUCAAAGAGUAUGUGAAUGAGGAAUGGGCGAGAGGAGAACUUCGAGACAGAACUGGGAUUUUCCCACUUAACUUUGUGGAACUUAUUGAGGAUUAUCCCACCUCUGGUGCAAAUGUUUUAAGCACAAAGAUACCACUGAAGACCAAAAAAGAAGAUGCUGGCUCAGAUUCUCAGGAUAACAGUAUUUCUGGAGAAUGGUGUGAAGCUCUUCACAGUUUUACAGCAGAGACUAGUGAUGAUUUAUCCUUCAAAAGGGGGGACCGGAUCCUGCUUCUGGAGCGUCUGGACUCUGACUGGUGCAGGGGCAGACUGCAUGACAGGGAGGGGAUCUUCCCAGCAGUUUUUGUGCGGCCCUGCCCAGCUGAGGCAAAACGUAUGUCUGCUAUCGCACCGAAGAGGAGGAAGGCCAAAGCCUUAUAUGAUUUCCACGGGGAGAAUGAAGAUGAGCUUUCCUUCAAGGCUGGAGAUAUAAUCACAGAGCUGGAAUCUGUAGAUGAUGACUGGAUGAGCGGAGAACUAAUGGGAAAAUCUGGAAUAUUUCCCAAAAACUACGUUCAGUUUCUACAAGUCAGCUAAAGGUGAAGCUUGACUGUGUUCCUUGGCACAAGAACUCACUUGAACUAUCACUUUGACUAUCAGAUACAUUUUUGCACUAUUUUUUUAAACCGAAAGAGAAAUAUCUAAGCUGUACAUGGUACACUAGAAUUUUCUGAAUGCAGAAAACUUCUAGAUUUUGUAGUUAGCUUUCAUUCACAGUAGAAAGGUGCACAUGGAAACCUGUCAGCUAGGAUUCUAUCAGAGAAAACAUCUAGUGGGAUGAGCAAGGCAGAUACACAUCCCCCAGGGAAAGCAUCUGGGACGUGGCAGCAUGGGGAGGCUUACAAGCAUACGAUGCACUUGGACAUCUGUUUUAAUCAGCACAAGUGAAUUAACCAUGCUUCUUCAUUUUUUACUUUAAAAAAAGGACAUUUGAUAUUCUACAUGCUGUAACUAUCAGGACAUAGUUGGUAAUCUAAAUUUCAUUUUUGAUACUUAAAUUAAUUCUAACUGCUUGAGCACAUUAGCCUCAUCACCAGGGCAAAUCCUUGCUUCAGGAGGGAUAGUUUAUUGACUAGUUGGAGCAUAAAGUGAAAUCAGCUCCUUGUGUUACUGAGUAUUUCCCAUAUGUCCAAUGAUUUGAAGGGGAUCAAAAUUUGAUGUAUCUUACUUAGUUAAAAGAACAAAAACCGUCCCUGAAAUGCCUUGCUAAUUAAUACGACUAACCCUUCCAUAUAUAUAUAUAUGCCAUACUUACUUUUUUUCUCAGUGUAUACUUUAUGUUAGCAGGGUUAUUACAAAGCACGUUUUCUGAAUCUGCAAUCAUUCCUUUGACAAUUACUGGUACCCAAAGGAAAACUCAUUUUCUUUGCAUUACUCCAGUAAUACAUAAAAGCUGUUUCUUGUUAUAGUAGUACAUUACGAAUCACAUAUAAUAGAAUACAGAACAACUGUUAAGAUGGAAAACAAUGCCAAACCCCCACAGUUCAUUUCUUCACAAUAUAAUCAAGAGUGAAAAAUAACUUAAGACGACUGAAAGUUGGUACUCUUUUGUUUUCGUUUUUCCUUAGCUCAUUUCUGCACAAUUAUUAGAGUAAAUAAAAAGCCACUUUCCUGCUAUCCAUUGUUAUACGUUCCAAGCUUAAGAUAAGGGCUGGCCAGUUAGCUUAGUCGGUUAGAGCUCGGUGUUAUAACACCAGGGUCAAGAGUUCGGAUCCCCAUACUGCCAGUUACACACAAAAAAAAGAGAUGAAAAGGUAAAAGUGGUUCUUUACAUGACUGAAUCAAUUACACUUACAUACUAAAGCUAAACAGGUUGAAGACAAUCUCCCAAGCAGAUCAAUGGAAUAAAAUUUCAUUGGAAAUGUAAAACACUUUCCCACCAAUGUUCUUGACUUUCUUCUAUUUUUGAGAAGAGUUUCAUGUGCUGGACCACUUUUUAGCUUUUUUGUUUUUACACAUUGUCCAAAAAGUUCGGUAGACGGUGGUCACACUGUUAUGUGACCACUCCAUGGAGUUCUGUAAAGAAGCAAUAUUUACUUGGUCUUUGACUAAAAGAGUUCAUCUCCUAGUUAUAUGAUUACAUUUGAUUUUGGAAUAUGGGAGCUGUUUUCUUUACAUGUUUUGGGUAAGGAGGAGAGUACAAAAAGAUUCUUGUCAAAUUUCCUUCAGAAGUAAUUUUAUGAGACAUAUCCGUAAAGCAUUAUCUGAACUCAGUUCCAUUUGCAGCAAGCCGUUCAACAGCAAGAAGGGUAGGGAUGUGGAACGGGACAUGAGGUAGAUAUCUUGGCCUAUGUAAUUUUAACGUUUUACAUUGAAGAUUCUGAAAACCUAUCAUUAUUGGGGAAAAAUAUCCCUCUUAAAUUCUGGCCUUCUGUCAGCAGAAUGAUGAGUGCAAUAGUUGUAAAUCUACUUGACACUAUAAUAAACUGAACCGAACUUUUCAAAGAC